ACACACCCUUUUCUCCUUUCUCACUCUCUGGCCGUCUAGUUGCAGUUUGUGCGAGAAAAUGAGAUCCAGAAGCCUCCAAGCGGGUUUGGUCUCCGGUACGUCCAUUACUUCGCUCGAUCGGAACUUCAAGUCUUCCUUUUAUGGUUGUCAGAAGUACGCAUUCCUCGGACCGACGCAGACAACAAAUUCCAAACAUUUUCGUUUAUCUCUCCGCUGCGCGGUUCGUUUUCGCCCCUGCAUUGACAUUCACAAGGGGAAAGUUAAACAAAUCGUUGGGUCAACUCUGAGGGAUUCAGAUGAUGGACCAAUUCUUGUGACCAAUUUUGAAUCAGAUAAGUCGGCUGCAGAGUUUGCAAAUUUGUACAAACAAGAUGGACUUAUGGGGGGUCAUGUAAUCAUGCUUGGAGCUGAUCCUCCAAGCAAAGCUGCAGCUAUUGAAGCUCUCCGUGCCUAUCCUGGUGGGUUGCAAGUUGGAGGUGGGAUCAAAUCGGACAAUUCUUUGAGUUACAUAGAGGAAGGAGCCAGCCAUGUUAUUGUCACUUCAUAUGUGUUCAGCAAUGGUCAAAUGGAUCUUGAAAGGCUCAAAGAUAUUGUCCAUGUUGUGGGGAAACAGAGACUCGUGUUGGACCUUAGCUGCAGAAAGAAGGAAGGUAAAUAUGCAAUUGUCACUGAUCGAUGGCAAAAGUUCAGUGAUGUAUAUCUUGAUGAGCAACUGUUGAAUUUUCUUGCCAAGUAUGCAGAUGAGUUUCUGGUUCAUGGUGUCGAUGUUGAAGGGAAAAAGCUGGGAAUUGAUGAAGAGCUAGUGGCUUUACUUGGAAGGUACUCUCCGAUUCCAGUGACAUAUGCUGGUGGUGUUACAGUAAUGGACGAUUUAGAGAGGAUCAAGGUAGCAGGAAUGGGACGUGCGGAUGUUACCGUGGGGAGUUCCCUGGAUAUUUUUGGAGGUAACUUGGCAUACAAGGAUGUCGUAGCUUGGCAUGCUCGGCAGGAGGUUUUGACAGUUUAGAUACCUCACCAAUCUUUUUCAAUCUCCAACGUACAAUAUUUAGAAUUGUAAUGGAGAGUCCGGCGUCAUGGAUUUGACAUGGGAAGACGAUCAUCCUAAGAAUUCUAGCAGUCAUUGAGAAGUAGACCUGCUAAAAGUCCACCGGACUUAUCAAUCCGAUCAUAACUCGAUCCGUAAAAAACGAGUUAGGAUUUACAUAUCGUAACCCGCAAUUCAUAGAUAACUCGUAUUAUUAACCUGUAUGGGUCACGGGUUGAGUUAGGGUCAACCCACAGGUUGACAGGUUGAUUUGUUUGUUUUAUUUUUUAUUAUUAUUUUUAAAUAUUAUACUUAUUAUCUUUAAUUAAUUUUUCUAUUGGUA